UUUCAUUGUCGCAUACAUACAGAUCUUUAGAAUUUUCAAAGACGGUCGAAAAUUUCCUCUUAAAAAAUAAAAUAUUUUUUCAUCUUUGCCUAACCCUCUGAAAACGCUCAUUACUUACAAAUCAAGAUGCGUGAAAUUGUGCAUAUUCAAGCUGGCCAGUGUGGCAACCAAAUUGGUGGAAAAUUCUGGGAGGUCAUAUCGGAUGAACAUUGCAUCGACGCCACAGGAACCUAUUAUGGCGACAGCGAUUUGCAAUUGGAACGCAUCAAUGUCUACUAUAAUGAGGCCACCGGAGCAAAAUAUGUACCAAGAGCUAUUUUGGUAGAUUUGGAGCCGGGCACAAUGGAUUCGGUAAGAUCGGGGGCAUUUGGUCAGAUUUUCCGGCCCGACAAUUUUGUGUUUGGCCAAUCGGGAGCUGGUAAUAAUUGGGCCAAAGGCCAUUAUACUGAAGGCGCAGAAUUGGUUGAUUCCGUUUUGGAUGUGGUGCGCAAGGAAGCCGAGGGAUGUGAUUGUCUACAGGGCUUUCAAUUGACGCACUCAUUGGGUGGUGGCACUGGCUCUGGCAUGGGCACCUUAUUAAUAUCAAAAAUUCGCGAAGAAUAUCCCGACCGCAUUAUGACCACAUUUUCGGUGGUGCCUUCGCCCAAGGUCUCUGAUACCGUGGUGGAACCAUACAAUGCCACCUUAAGUGUCCAUCAAUUGGUUGAGAACACGGAUGAGACCUUUUGUAUUGAUAAUGAGGCUCUCUAUGACAUUUGCUUCAGAACCCUCAAAUUGACCACCCCUACUUAUGGUGAUUUGAAUCACUUGGUUUCGGCCACCAUGUCAGGGGUAACCACCUGUCUCCGUUUCCCUGGCCAAUUGAAUGCUGAUUUGAGAAAACUGGCAGUAAAUAUGGUACCUUUUCCCCGCCUGCAUUUCUUUAUGCCUGGGUUUGCACCACUUACAUCUCGCGGCUCACAACAAUAUCGGGCUCUAACUGUGCCCGAAUUAACUCAACAAAUGUUUGAUGCCAAAAAUAUGAUGGCUGCUUGUGAUCCCAGACAUGGACGUUAUCUUACCGUGGCAGCCAUAUUUCGUGGCCGCAUGUCCAUGAAGGAGGUGGACGAACAAAUGUUGAAUAUUCAAAAUAAGAACAGCAGCUUCUUUGUGGAAUGGAUACCCAACAACUGUAAAACAGCUGUCUGUGAUAUACCACCCAGAGGUCUAAAAAUGUCAGCCACCUUCAUUGGCAACUCCACUGCCAUACAAGAGCUAUUCAAACGUAUCUCGGAGCAAUUUACUGCCAUGUUUCGCCGUAAGGCCUUCCUUCAUUGGUAUACGGGCGAGGGCAUGGACGAAAUGGAAUUUACCGAAGCCGAAAGCAACAUGAAUGAUCUGGUAUCGGAAUAUCAACAGUAUCAAGAGGCCACAGCCGAUGAGGAAGGUGAAUUCGACGAAGAUGAAGAAGCUGGUGGCGAUGAGUAAAACUUAGAGUAGAAAUCUAUUGAGCUUAGCUUUAGUUUUUUUUUUUAUUUUACUGCGUUUAAUGGAUUGAUUUUUUGACUUUGUAUGAAAAAAUAUAUGAUUAUCUUAACAUAUUUAAAUAAAAAUUUCAGUAUGUAUGUACCAUA